CUCAUUCCCUCCAUGUGGUUUGAGGUUAAGAUAACAUCUUCUUAAGGAUUUCACCACGUGGCUUCGAUCUUAUAUGCCAUGUUGGAAAAUUACAGAUUGGAUGGGAUUCUGUAAUGAGAAUGAGUGCAGACAAGCGGGAUUUAUUCAUAUAUGAAGCAUUUUUUUAUUUUAAUCCUCUUCUUCUCGCGGUUAGUUUUCUCCCCACUAUUUCAGUUUCUAUGUUUGCAUAUGGAUUCAAGAGUAUUAAAUUUAUACUUUUAAGUUUUCUUUACAUUCUUUAUAGUAUCAUUGUGUUUCAUUUUCAUCUCAUCUUUAUGUUUCAGACUUUUAUGGUUUGGCUUUGGGGAAUCAACUUAUGGUUUUUUGCUCAGGGUGGAGUUAAUUAUUCAAAAAUAUUUGAUCUUGAUCAAAAUCAUCUGACACACACAGAAAUAUGGAAGUGUGCCAUGUGGAUGACAGUUAUUGUUCCAACCAGUAUGACAACAUAUAUUUAUCUUUAUUCUCGUGGAGAAGUCGCAUAUGCUGCAUCACAACCAGUGUGCUCUUGUAUGCUGCUAUUGUAAUGGUUUUGAUAUUCCCCUUCGACAUCUUCUAUUUUUCAUCUAGA